AUGAAAGCUCUGGCACGAUCCUACGUUUAUUGGCCUGGAAUCGAUUCGGACAUCGAGAGAACUGCGAAGUCAUAUCCGGAAUGCGCCCGUUAUGCAGCGGCACCACCGAAGUUCAGCAGCCACCAUUGGGAAUAUCCGAAUGGUCCAUGGGAACGUAUCCACGUUGAUUACGCUGGCCCCGUAGCAGGUUCAAUGCUUCUAAUAAUUGUCAACGCAUUCAGCAAAUGGUUCGAAGUUAAAAUCACCUCUUCCACAACAGCAACUGCCACUAUCAAGAUUCUUGACGGACUCUUUGCGGCGUAUGGAGCAGCUGUAACACUUGUGUCGGACAAUGGUCCGCAGUUUACUGCAGCGGAGUUCAAGGCGUUCCUAGAGAAGAGUGGAGUUAAGUACCACAAACUUUCAGCUCCCUACCAUCCGGCAACAAAUGGUCAGGCCGAGCGCUACGUCCAGACUGUCAAAAGUGCACUGAAGGCGAUGGGCACAACGAGCGAGAAUUUACAACGCAACCUAACGUGUUCCUGCAGCAGUACCGUAAAAUUCCUCACACUGAAACAGGAGAUUCGCCAGCGAAAUUUACCACACGCUCCCAAUGACCACACCACGACCGACGAAAUUAGUAGCAGCAGUAGCAGCAGUAGCAGUGCUUUCGGCGUGUGGCGUUGA